GGUCCUGAUUUCUGCUAUAAAAAGAGACGCCCAUUCACAGCGGAGUCACAACACAAUCUCGACCGAGACAGAGAAGACAAGUGCUUCAUACUCUGAAGAACAACCAGAUACUAGCUGUACAAGAUGGACCCUUGCGAGUGCUCUAAGACUGGAACCUGCAGCUGCGGAGAAUCCUGCACCUGCACAAACUGCUCCUGCACCACCUGCAAGAAGAGCUGCUGCUCAUGCUGCCCAUCCGGCUGCAGCAAGUGUGCCUCUGGCUGCGUGUGCAAAGGGAAGACAUGUGACACCAGCUGCUGUCAGUGAGGAGCCUGCACCAUCGGCACCCCCUUCCCCUUGUGAUGGAGCCAUUGUGAACUACUAUGAAUUAAUUGCAGGCAUAAAUGUCUAAAGAGAAUAUUGUAUUUUGUACUUGUCUUUCAGUGUUUAAAUAAACAUAUUUUGGCAAUGUGA